AAUCCCGUUCAAUCCUUCUCAACCUUUUCAUAUCUAGGGUUAGGUAUGUGGUGACCUAACCUAGAAUAUGCACACCUAAUACACCGCCGAUAAUUUAUAAUAAUUGUCAAGAUUUCGUGAUAACACUAUUUUUCCUCCCACUCGUUUAUAACAUAAGCUCAUAAGUGACGAUGCUACACUAUACUGCGACGUUGUGUCUCGCGACAGCGAGACUCAUGCCUCGCUCACCUUGGCGGUUUGCUGCUCUUCUAGCUAACAACUCCAGCACAGUAGCCACCAGCAAUUCUGCUACAUCUGUAAAGGAGGAUGAUAGUGCCAAACUGUCAGAGGUGCAAAGCAACAUCCUACAGAAAGAAAAUCAAAAGGAAACGAGAAUUAAUGAGACAAAUUUUCAUCCGUCAAAGAAGAUAUCGUUUAAUGCGAACGACGUGUUCUCCAAACAAUUUGAAGCCGCUAAGUCCAUAAAUGAUUUGUUGGACUUGGCGACAAUACCAGCUCUGUCCACAAAUGACGCUUUAACGCUCAUUUCACACAUAACUAAACAGAUAAAUAGUGGGAAGGCAGAAAUUGUUGAUGUCGAAGCUGACGAAAGAUUCAUUCACCUCAGAAAGAUAGUCAAGACUAAUGACAACAUUAAAUUUGGCACAAAGAAAUUGAGUAACGAUCUUUCGCAGUAUUCUAAAUUGUCCACACCUGCAAUGAUUUCGGUGAUGGCAUCGUUAAGAGACCAAGGAAAGAGAAAUACACCGUUGUUAAGGAUGUUGUCGUACAACAUCGUUAAGUACAACAUGAAGUUAAAUUUGAAACAAUGCGCGUCUCUGUUGUACAGUAUGGCUGUACUCAAUUUUCCAGACAAGGUCCUGCUGGAGAAAAUCAUGAAUGAUUUGCUGAUAUGCAUACCAAAUACCGACAUGUGUAUCAAUUCUGUUACGAGCAAAUCCAUAUUAACGUCGUUGGGAUUUUUGUUUUAUAAAAAUGUGGACGUACUCGAUGCCUUCUGUGAUGCAGUGUUUAAUGAAUCAGUUUAUUAUAAAACCCACGAUUGUCUCUCGAUAUUGCAAACGUUCGCGGCCUUGCAAUACAAGCCAAAAAAGAUAAACUUGUUUCUCGAAAAAUUCAUAGAGUAUGCUAAGAAAGGAAAGACGGCUGACUGGUUGGACGUCGUUUGGUGCUUAGCGGUUCUGGAUGUAGUGCAACCACAAUAUAUUAAAUCCGUACUCGAACCUACAUUUGUAGAUAAGUUAUUCGGCUUUUCAAAGAUAAAUGUAUCGAAGAUAUUAAAAUUGAUGAAUAUCAACGCUGUUGCACAGUUCGUACUGAAAAAUUAUGAAGGACCUAUUUUAAACACAAAUUCGAAAAUGUUUACCAAUCUAUCUUUAAUAAGGGCAAAAGAAAAACAAAUGUACAUAAGUACGUUAUCAGAUACAUUAAGCAAAGUAUUGCCAUCUGAAGCAUACUUCAAAACAGAUAUUGAUACAAAUAUGGGAUUUUUACUAGAUGCAGAAUAUCGGAUAGAUACUGACCAUAAACUUAUAAAGGUAGAAAAUUGGGACGAACAAUCUGAGAAUAUAAAAAGGAUAGGAAUAAUGAUUCACGAUUACCAUGAUUAUUGUCGAGGGCAAAACGAUCUCAAGGGGUCGACAUAUUUAUACACGCAAUUAUUAAAAGCUAAAGGAUACCACCUCAUAACAAUUUCCUAUAAAAAUUUCAGUGCACAAGAUAAGAUCGAAAAACGGACAUAUUAUUUAAGAGAAUGCAUGGGAAAUGUAUACAAUAUGAAUAUUUAGUGCAGUAUUUGGCCUUAGUUCCAUAAACUAAAUAAAAAUUAAAAAAAAUAUGUUAGCACACUAA